AAUAAAGAUUUCACGUAGAAGAUAGUUGUGUGGGAGGAAGUAAAAGUCUGUAUUUUUAAAACUUAGUCAGUGAGUUGGCUAAAUGAAAUAAACAACCCCUUAUUGAUGAAUACUAGUAGUAAAUGCAACAGAUAGCUGUCUUUUGAGAGAUAUUGUGGUCGUGGGGAGCAGAACUUGAAAAGGGAUUUGAGGUUGAAAUUCUCUUCUAGCUUUUGUAGAGGAGUGUUUUUCUUGAACUUUGUCACAUGGUAGUUUCUCUGGCAAUGAGAAUUCAGCUUUGUUUUCUGGUUGUUUGGAUACAUAUUCUGGCAAUAACAGCAUGGACAAAUCCUGAUGAUUUUGCUGCACUACAGUCUCUCAAGGAUUCAUGGCAGAAUGUUCCACCCAAUUGGGCUGGAGCAGAUCCCUGUGGGAGUCAAUGGGAAGGAAUUGGAUGCAGAAAUUCACGAGUGAUUUCUAUAACAUUAUCAAGUAUGAGUUUGAGCGGUCAGCUAUCUGGAGACAUUCAAGGAUUAUCUGAAUUGCAGACUUUGGAUCUAUCAUACAACAAGGAGUUGACAGGAUCUCUUCCUCAGUCUAUUGGAAAAUUGACAAAGCUAUCAAAUUUGAUCCUUGUUGGUUGUGGGUUUUCUGGACCAAUACCAGAUUCCAUUGGAUCUCUCACCCAGCUGGUUUUUCUAUCUUUAAACUCUAACAACUUUAUUGGACGAAUACCUGCUACCAUUGGCUAUCUUUCAAAGCUUUAUUGGCUGGAUUUAGCUGACAAUAAGCUUACUGGAACACUUCCAGUCUCUAGUGGGAGCUCACCUGGUCUUGAUAUGCUUCUUCAUACUAAACACUUUCAUUUUGGGAAGAAUCAGCUAUCCGGUGAAAUUCCAGCUCGACUUUUCCAUUCUAAUCUCACUCUGAUUCAUCUGCUAGUGGAGAACAACCAGCUUACUGGAAAUAUACCGGAUACAUUAGGACUUGUCCAGACUAUGGAAGUGCUUCGUCUUGACAGGAAUUCGUUAAGCGGAUCUGUGCCACAAAACCUCAACAAUCUCACACAUGUCAAUGAACUCCACAUAUCAAACAAUAAUUUGGAUGGUCUUUUGCCGAAUCUCACUGGCAUGAAUGUCCUCAAUUACUUGGACAUGAGCAAUAAUUCGUUUAAUGCAUCAGAUUUUCCAUCAUGGAUUCCAGACCUGCAAUCUUUGACAACAGUGGCAAUGGAAAACACAGGACUCCAAGGAUUAGUUCCAGCUAAAUUAUUCAGCCUUUUCCAGUUGCAGACUGUCAAUAUGAGGAAAAACAGACUUAAUGGCACACUUGAAAUUGACUCCGCGUAUAGUGAUCAGUUGCAACUCAUUGAUAUGCAGAGCAAUCUUAUUGAUUCAUUUACUCAAAGACCAGGAUAUCCCUUUCAGAUCUUACUUGCAGGUAAUCCUGUCUGCAAUGAAGGAACAACACAAACUUACUGUGUCCAAGCUCAACAAGCUGAUUCAUAUUCUACUCCACCAGAAAAUUGCUUGCCAACUGAGUGCAGCUCUGAUCAAAUUUCUAGUCCUACCUGUAAAUGUGCUUUUCCAUAUACAGGCAACCUAGUCUUCAGAGCUCCUUCCUUUUCCAACUUAGGAAACAAAACUACUUAUGAGACUCUCCAAAAAUCUUUGAUGCUUACAUUCCAAAACCGUCAACUGCCUGUCGACUCAGUUUCCCUCAGCAACCCUACAAAAAAUUUGGAUGACUACCUUGUAAUACACCUGCAAGUUUUUCCUUCUAGCCAAGAUUUUUUCAAUCGAACUGGAGUUUCUGGAAUAGGUUUUGUGCUUAGUAAUCAGACUUUCAAGCCCCCGUCGACAUUUGGACCUUUCUUCUUCAUUGGUGAAGGCUAUAAAUACUUCGAUGGUGCAUCCAGUGGAUCACACAAAUCAUCUAGUACAGGCAUUAUCAUUGGAGCAGCAGUUGGUGGUUCUGUCCUUGUAAUUUUAGCACUAAUCGUUGGUAUUUAUGCUUUCCGACAAAAGAAAAGAGCUGAAGAUGCUGAUAGGAGGAAUGAUCCUUUUGCAUCCUGGGACUCAAAUAAACAUAGUGGUGCUGUUCCACAGUUGACAGGAGCAAGAUUCUUUUCAUUUGAGGAGCUCAAAAAAAUGACAAACAAUUUUUCAGAAACUAAUGAUAUUGGAUCUGGUGGUUAUGGCAAG